AUUCCGUGUUUUCCCGUGGGAGAGAAGCCUCUCUUGUUUCUGUGUCUGCAAACUUCCCCAGGGUUUUGUCAAGAAUGGAAAAGUUCGAGCCCUCCCCACCUAGGGGGGUGGACCUGUGCUGUUCCUGAGGAAAAACUUUUUCUUCCCGGCGGCGUCGAGUUCUCUCUGAAUCUUUCGCAAGACAAAAUUUUAAGUGUCUUUGCUUCUUGUGGCUCCUCCGUGGUCUCUGAAGAGGCGAGAAACUCCACAUUUGUAUAGACCUGUUUUCGCCCGUCUCGUCUCUUGGCGACUUUCGCGCGGUUGGGUCUGCUUUCUGUGGAUCUGUUUCAUGUAGCAGAGACAGUGAAAGGUUGUUUUUUAUCUUUUCUGAACUCUUUCAAUUUGUAAUCGAUGCGACAGCAACUGUCUGCACUGUUCCGGUUCCGCCUUCCUCCUACCCUGUCGACAGGCACGGUUCGAAGCCCGGCCAAACCGGGUUUCACGGGUAGCGUUUCCCCGUCUGUUUCACUGGAAACUGCCCUUGCCUCUAGUCAGUCUUGCCGCCGUAUGUUCUUCGUUCUUUGUGACGCGUUUUUCGACGGAGACGAGGUCUUCCCUCCACUAUCCGGACAGCAAAUCUUGUCUCGUCUUCUACCCUGAUGUUGCGGAGAGCUUCAGAUGCUUGUUGAGCGACCUUUCUUCUGAUUUGUCCCACGGUGUCCUUGUCCCCAUUCGUUUUAUCUCUUCCCGUUUUAAUCCUGUCGUCUUGGUCCUCUUUUUUCUUCGGUCCCUGCCGUUCUAUUCUUCUUUUCCCCGCUUCUUCUCUUGUCUCUUCAAUUGUUUUCUCGCUUCGCCGUUCCUCGCCCGGUGCGCUGCCGGGAGAUCGGGACGCUCGAGCUUCAGAGCGUCAUGGGAUCUCAGACGAGCAACAGUCGUCACGAAGCGCUUGGGGACGCUGAUCAGUCGAGCUACUCAGGUUUCGAAGCCUUGGGCGCGUCGUCUCUGGGGUCGGACGCGACGCCAGAGUUGCUGCUUCCUCAAGUGACCAUGUCAAAGCAGUCGGGCACAGGACUUUCUGGGGAAUCAGUUUCUUUCACGGCCGCCGCGGCUGCUGCGGCCGCAGCUGCGGCUGCCGUUGACGCGUCCACUCUGCCACUGUACUCGCGGCCGGAGCAUGCGAGAGGGAAAGGCGACGACGCGCAAGACAGUGCCCCAGAGGAACUCACGCCAUGCGUCUUCACAUGGACACACGGAGGACACAACGUCUUUCUCACAGGAUCUUUCAAUGGCUGGAGCGUGGAGCACAAAAUUCGUUUAAACAGAAGCGGCCACGAGUUCUCGUACAUCCAGAACCUUCCGCGAGGCGUCCACCACUACAAGUUCAUCGUCGACGACCAGUGGAAGUAUGCGCCGGAUCAACAGACACAAACGGACGAGCACGGCAAUGUUAACAACGUCUUAGACAUCUCUUCAUUUACGCACUUCAACUUCAAAGUUCUCCCAGAAAACGAGCAGGCGCGACGAGCAGUGUAUCACCAACGCGUUCCCGAGCCGUCGGAGUACUCCUCAGAUGCGCCUCCAAUUCCAAUUCUUCUGGGUCGAAGCACGCAAGUGGCGAGAGAUCCACCGCCGCAACCUGGAAAAGGCGUCCCCCUGCACUGUCUGGCCAACCACCUGUUCCACGACGCGCUGUCGCCUUCUGUCUUCGGCUCACACACGUCUUGCAUCGCUACAACGCACCGAUGGCAAAUCGACAAUGCUCGUCCAACUUCGGGACAGAGGUACACCACAUACAUCUAUGUGACAGUAAACCCUCUGUAUCCCUUCGCCUCGCCCCACGAGGAAGGUGACGCAGAGAGAGACCGUGAGGCAGACGCAGAAGCUGAGGCAGCUGCUAUCAUUGCGGCCGCAUGCCCAAGUGCUGUGGCAAACUUGUUGGUAUUUCGGGGACAGACUAACAACCGCAAACCUGUGGAUAGUUUCUGCGGGUCCCCGGGAGACGCCGCGAAAGCGGGGGAAAGUGGAGAAGAAUUCGCGGAGGAAGACGGAGAGACGCCAAGUGUGUCUUCCUGACCAAGCUGAAAGAAGCUGGGCCAUGUGGUCAUACUCGACAAACAGAUGCUACGUGGCUAUCCUUACUACCUGGAUUACUCUUCUUGCAAACGUCCUCUUUUUUUCGGAGAGUAUGUGCUCGAAAUACCGACGAGUGUGAGAGUGUGUGUGAGAGAAGGAUAUGUGGUCGCAGGCAGUCGUCACAAAACCCUCAACAGUUAGAACAAGGCACAGCCGGUUUUAUUCAAUGUAGUGUCUUUUGCA